UUUAGCAACCCGCUUCCCCCAAAAUUGAAAUUAAGCGUACUUGUUAUGAUAUGGUGGCUAAAUGGUUGGAAAUUUUGUCACCAUUUAAUUUUGGUGAUAAAUCCGUAGGAAAAAUACUAAACAAAAUUAAAAACAUAGAAAAUACAUUAGAAAUAAAAGGGCCUUUUUUAAUUGCCACCGUGUUAGUGGUGGCAAGAUGAAAAGUUAAAUUAAGGGGGUUAAUUUUUAGAGUCCCGCUCUUAAUUUCAAAUCGCUCGUAGCUUACAACUUACAUGGUGCUGUUGAUGCAGUUUUGAUAGCGUCGUCAACAAGCUUCAACUGAGAGCGAGCGAAUCAUGGGGGUUUUGAAAGAGCAGGUGGAAUCGACACUUAGGUCCAAACUGUCUCCUUCUCAUAUUCAAAUUAUGGACCAAAAAACAUGGCUUUGGAAGAAAAGAUGUGCCCAGAAGUCGAUCGACGCAAACAGUGAAUCUGAAAAUGAGGCAGAGUAUCAGUCAGAUGAGGCGUGCAUGCGUACGGUGCAGUGUGGUGCUGCUGAUGAGGCGUGCGUGCGGUGUAGUCGCUGCUGCUGUGUGCGGCUUUUCUGCUGUGGUGUGCGUAGAAUACAGUGCUGCUGCUGAGGCGUUCGUGUGGUGCAGUCGCGACUGUUGCGUGCGGCGCUGCUGCUGCGACUGUUUGAUGAGCUUGAUUAACCGUUGGCAUUAACUUUUUAUCUUUCCUCUUAAUAAAUCAAUAAUCAUAGGGAGCUUGCAAAAGAUUUUGUGGUGGCUGGUACUACAUCAGAGUCUCUGAGUCUCUGUAUGGUGCCUGUGAGUCGAUGUUCAAGCCAGACAUGGUACAAGGUGGAUAAAGAUGCUAUGCUAGAUACGAUGUCACAAAUUGAAGCUACGUUAACAAGUAUAAUUUGAAGAUAGGCUACAAACACUUGGUUUUGAAUGUUUAUCGUAUUAGGAUUUUUUUAGUUAUUUGAUGUUUUAGCUGGUAUUUCAAUUAGAAUGUUUUAUACGCUUUCAAUACACAUAUGUUUUAUAUAAUUUUGGGUUUUCGUGAUCUUA